GUUAUGACGUGUAAAACUACAAUUAAUCGUACGACAAAAUUUGUGCUCAUCCUGUUCGGUAUCUGGCCAGGUAUAUCGUGCAUUACGUUGUGCAGAAUAUUUUGGACCGUCACAAUAGUAAUCGUUCUACUUUGCCAUUAUCUAUAUUUCUUGACACAUUAUCAUUCUGUCGACGUGUUCGACUUGAUGGACUGUUUUAGUAGUUUCAUAGGAUUCUUGAAAUUAAUGAUCAAGGUUCUUUUCUUUUGGUUGAAUCAGCGAAUAUUCAAUAAAAUUUUAACGAUGAUGGCGGAAGAUUGGAACGAUAGCGCCAAAAGUAAUAUGGAGAUGCAGGAAGUAGUAAACAAAGAAAAGAUAUCGAAUCGUAUUGCCAACGCAAUCAUUACUCUUCACACAGUUGUCGUGCUCUUAUACGGCAUCGGCAUCAUUCUGGCCAACGUCGACGUCACUGAUCGUACGAUCGAACUACCCCACAUUUACAAAGCGGAAGUUCCUUUUAUCAUAAACACGCAAUACACGUAUAGAGUCGUGUUAAUUGUGGAAUUGGUACAUCUUAUCAUGUGUAGCUGGGGCUUGGGUAAUCUAAACGCUUUACUGAUAAUUUUGAUUUUCCACAUAGGUGGCCAAAUAAAUAUCCUGCAUUGCUGGUUAACAGAGCUGAUAUCCAAAGAGAAUAAACGUGAAUCUAUUGCCAUUACGAUGAAGAAAAUUAUUCGGAAACAUCAGAAAAUCAUUUAUUUCGCGAAAAAUAUUGAGAGCUUGUAUACGUAUAUUGCGUUCAUGCAAUUUAUAUCGAACACGAUAAUGAUUUGCCUAAUAGGAUUUUUAAUCAUAACAAUUAUGAAUUCUGCAGGAUCAUACUUAUCGGUAUUAUUGGCGACACAAUAA